AUGGCUGCUGUCGACCCUACAUAUCCCCUGCGACCUGUGGCGUGCAUCCUGGCAGCAGUGAUGUUACUGCUGGUACUGACGACCAGCUUCAUUCGCCGCAACUGGAACCUGGGUGUCACAUUCCUGUGUUUCUGGCUCUGCCUUGACAACCUUGCCAACGGCGUGGACGCUAUACUGUGGUCCAACAACGCCGAUAUAAAGUUUUAUGUGUUAUGCGACAUCGUCUCGCGCCUAAGCCUGGUCGCAUAUGUCAUCAAACCGAUGUCGACUCUCAUCAUCGCGCGCCGACUUUACUUGAUCACAAGUCUGCAGUCGGUAUAUCUUCCCAGUAAAGCUAAGAGGAGAUGUAAUGUGGCUGUUGAGUGGACCUUUGGACUUCUCGUCCCUCUAUUGGUUGCGGGACCGAUCUACUAUGUACAUCAAGGCUUCCGAUUUGGGGUAUACGAAGGCUUUGGCUGCACGGAUGGCACACAAAUAUCCAUCCUGGAGAUCCUGACCAUCGGUGUGUGGUCAUUCCUUCCCCCUUUCGUGUCAAUCGUGUUCUACUAUCCCAGAGCGUUCCGAACGUUCUACCUGCAAAGACAAGCCGCCAACAGCUUCCUGAAUAGCAACGAUUCAAUGACAUCGACGAACUACGGGCGCAUCCUAAUCCUCGUCAGCAUCGAUCUCCUGCUCACAUUGCCCCUUGCCAUCGUGGGAAAUGUUCUGGCAACGAAGUCCUGGGCCACCAACUUUUCGCUGCCUUUCUACUGGGGAUGGUCCACCCUACACGCCGAUCGGGACGCAGUGAGCUUCUCGUAUACAGAGCUAGAGGGAUACGUCAAGAUCACCCUCGCGUACAUCUACUUCGACAGCUGGACGUCUCCUGUACUUGCGUUCACCAUCUUUGGCCUCUUCGGAUUAACAUCGGAGGCUCGCGCAUUGUACUGGCGCCCUUUCUACAUCGUGAGCGCCUGGUUCAGCCGAACCCCACCAGCGCGCACCGCACAUAAUUCAACAGAAAUGCUUGACGAUAUCGAACUCGGGCCCCGCCCGGAAGACAGUUCGGACACGGAUGGCGAGAGGCAGAAUGAGUCUUACUCAUCGAGCUUGGUUAUUUGCGAUCUACUCGCUGCGAAGCACAGCGUCGCAUCUGACUCGGGCAAGACAUCAACGUCCGAGUCGCUGGAGGACAAGCGUCGACAACCUCAGGAUACAAUGGAUAUGCAUCAAACAUCCGGCAGACACGAGCGUCGCAUUCCGGACGACAUGGAGGUGGUGAAUCUCGCCGUUUCAGUAUAG